UCCAUCAGGAAUUAUCAAGAAUUUUGAACUUUAAUUACCAUUUAACCAUCACGAUGAACUUUGUUUUACCCGGUGCCAAUGUGAAAAUGCUGGCGCGGACGGUAAAUUGCUUCUCGAAAAUUGGGAACGAGCUAUUUUUCGAAGCAACGCCGGAUGGCCUGGAGCUGAAGACAAUCAACGCAACCAAUACUGCGUACGCGGUGGCCCAGUUCAAACAAGAUUUCUUCAUCAGUUUUCAGCAAGGAAACGCAGAUACCCCAGAUGAAAACUGCUGCAAGAUUUCGGUCAAACCUAUAUUGAAGAUAUUCAAGAGCCUUUCCACGAUCCAAACAUGUAAAAUCUGGCUAGACAUUGACCAUUCGAAGAUUAUCUUUCAAUUCCGGUGCAAAUCGGAAGUGUUGAAAACGCACAAAAUAUUUCUCCUGGAAAGCGAACACAUCAAUUCACUGAAUCUCUCCCAAACCUUUCCAAGUGAGAUCAUUGCCAAUCAUAAAGCUUUUUCGAACAUGCUCCUGCACUUGCACCACUCGAUUGAUGAAAUAACGUUUGAUCUGAAAGAAGACAAGGCUAUUGUAUCUAAUUUCGUCGACAACGAGCAGUCGGACCGGAGCACUUUGCGGUCAGCGCUUACUGUCGACACAAACACCUUCCAGUUGUACAAACUGGACCAGAAAGCUAGCCUAACGUUUUGCUACAAAGAGUUUAAAGCGAUUACUAUGUUCGCUUCGUUUACACGGCUUGAUAUUCAAAUGAGCUUUUCCCAAGCCGGAUCGCCUUUGAUGAUACAAAUGAACAAAUCCGGAGUGGUUCAGCUUAAGGUUAUCCUGGGCACGAUGCAACCGUCCCCGCAUCUUUAUAACAGGCGAGCACAUCGACGAAACGAUAGUAAACGAAACACAGCUAACCGGUCUGUACAAAUGGACAGUGAAGCAAUCAACACGUUGCUCACCGAGGACAUAACGCACAAUACCGAAACGUCUCAGGAUGUAACCAACUCAGCCAUACGAUUGACUGGAAAUGAUUCUGACGCUAAAGCAAAUUUCCCUGGUCGAAAUAACUCGCUAGUGUCGAGCAAUGUGAAAGCCAGACGAACCGUUCAGGAUGUGGUAAACGAAAAACUCCAUGAGGAUAGUACAGUUGCACGAUCGUCCCGGUCGGCGGUUCCAGUGCAGUUGAAUUCGGUGCUCGAUCGACAACACCAGAGUACGGGGAAGACAACACUUAACAACGAACCAUCGUCGGAAACGCUGUUCAAUACGAAUUCGGAAAACUUCCCCUUCCUCGAGGGAAUAAAUCUACCCACGGCAAAUGGGAAUGAUCUAAACUCACUCGCUUCCGUACCCGUAGCUACCGGGACGUACGGAAAAGCCAAAGAAACCUCCCAUCCGGUUGAAAUAGCCAGUACCGUCUCGGACGACGAUCUAUGUGAAUUGGGUGAACCGAUUAGCGCUUCCAUAUUCUCUCGUAAGCGAAACGCGACCGAGAAGAGCCCUCCCGAACGUGAUCAACGACCGAAGAAAAGUUGCUCCAAUCCCACGCCUGAGAUCGUGCCCGAGUCUCCGGAAGUGAUUGAAGAAAGGAAACGAAAGCAGGCCAAAUUGAGACACAUUUUCCGGCGCUGCUUCGAGCCCACUUUCGAUCCAGCCUUGCAGCCGGGAUGCAGUCAAAUCUUUGCCGCCAACUCCGACUCGGACGGAGAGUUCUAGUCGUAAGGUUAGUGGACAAUUUGCAAGUUUCUUUUAUUUAAGUUACUUUUUCGUUUUGUAUAAAAAUGAAAACUCAACACGGGUGAACCAGCUGGCGUGGCUAUUAUUUUUCACAAUCUUAUCGUUUCGUUUUUCGUGUUUAUUGUCUGUCCAGUUCAUUUGAGCGAUGUCGCGGCUAUCACUGUCUCAUAACUCAAAAAAAUGUUUCAGUAGUAGUUGCAGUAGUAAUGGUCGGCUGUCCUUGUAC